AAAAUGUCCGGGCUGCAGUUCAACCUGGGACCCGUCAAGGAGCCGCUGGGCUUCAUCAAGGCCUUGGAAUGGAUUUUUGCCAUCUUCGCGUUUGCCACCUGCGGAGGUUACAGCGGAACUACAAAAAUGACUGUCACUUGUCCCAACGAAAACCUGACUGUUAAGGCCGAAAACCUGACUGCUAAGGCCGAUUUUCGAUACCCAUUCAGGUUGAACCAGGUUUUGAUCAGCCUUCCAGAGAAGAAAGAUUGUAAUGGCACUUGGACCCAGCCGUACUACCUGGUGGGAGACUUCUCAUCCUCAGCUCAGUUCUUCGUGACCUUUGCUGUCUUCGUGUUCCUGUACUGCAUCGCCGCCCUGGUGGUAUACCUGUGUUUCUUACACCUGUAUCGGGGCGCUGGUAAACUCCCCAUGAUCGACUUUAUUAUCACCAUAGUAAUUUCUUUCUUGUGGCUAAUAAGCACGUCUGCCUGGGCAAAGGGUCUCACGGAUAUCAAAACAUCCACCGGCCACAACAUGGUGGUCAUUCAGCCUUGUAAGCCGCCUGUGAAGUGUACUUUUGAAGACAUCAGGAGUAUGGGAUCCUUGAACGUCUCUGUGGUUGUUGGUUUCCUCAACCUGAUCCUGUGGGCAGGAAACGCUUGGUUCGUCUACAAGGAAACCAACCUGCAUAGCCCUCCAGCCACGGAGCCCCCGAACCCGGCCCACCCCCCAAUUCCCACGGGGAUGUAAAGAGAAUGGGAAGUCACCAGUAA